GGCCGGUUCUAAAAUCCAAACCGUCAAAACCGAAUUGCGUAAAUCGAAAAUGGGCCACCUUGCUUCAUUCUGGGCGGUUAGGUCAGUUUUACAUGGGCUUAGUCUUGUAGAUAAUAUUCGGCCCAAUCCACAAGGCUCCCUCAUGUAGAGUAGCCAGUAACAACAUCAGAAUCCCACCGGAGAUUCAUUCACCGGAGAUUGCAAGUGAUCGGACCGUCGCUGACCACUACAGCCCUAUUAUUGUUAUCGUUCUCUAACUUGAUUUCUCUAAUUCACUAUGCUACUCAUCUUCAGAAGCCCCUUUCACAAACGAACACCACUCCUUCACGCAUUCACUUCACACUCCUCACAAAACCCUAAACACCAACAUUCACUUCAUUUCAACCAAAUCGAGACCUCAGAAGACGAAAUCAGGCAUCCAUUAGUCAAAGAAGUUUGCAGAUUAAUCCAAUUUACCUCAAACUGGACUCCAACUCUCGAAUACGAAUUACGCCAAUUAAUCCGAACCCUAAAACCCUCACAACUCUGCACCGUCUUGCAAAACCAAUCCGAUGCACGAACCGCACUGCAAUUGUUCUACUGGACCGAUCGGUUGUGGCGGUACCAGCACCAUCCGGUUGUGUACAACACAAUGCUGGAAAUCCUGAGUAAGACUAGCCUGUAUCAAGGUGCUAAACGUGUCAUUCGGUUAAUGACACGUAGACGAAUCAACGUUGAUUCGAAAGCUUACGGUUAUUUGAUGAUAUCGUAUAGUCGUGCUGGUAAAUGGUGGAAAGCGUUGCAGGUUUUCUCCGUGAUGGAGAGAGCUAACAUUACGCCUGAUUUGUUUGUGUAUAAUGUUGCGUUGGAGGUUAUGAUUAAAGCUUUUAAAUUGGAAAUGGCGGUUAAGAUGUUGGAUAGGAUGGAGUUGGUAGGCGUUUUGCCGGAUGUUGUGACGUAUAAUUGUUUGAUUAAAGGGUAUUGUGAUGCAGGGCGGAUACGCGACGCGGUUGGUUUGAUGGAUAGUAUGCGGUUGAAAGGUUGCGGUCCCGAUAAGGUUAGUUAUCAUACUUUGAUGGGGUUUUAUUGUAAGGAGAAUAGAGUUGAAGAAAUUCGCGUUUUGAUGGAUAAAAUGUUGAAUGAGAGUGAGUUGGUUCCGGAUCAGGUUACGUAUAAUAUGCUCAUUCAUAUGUUGUCGAAACAUGGUUAUGGAUUUGAGGCUAUUGGUUUUGUUAAAGAAGCGGAAGAAAGAGGCUUUUCGGUUGAUAAGGUUGAGUAUAGUGCGGUUAUUCAUUCCUUUUGUCAAAAAGGAGAUAUAGAUAAGGCUAAAGAACUUGUUGACGAGAUGUGCGAUAAGGGUUGUAUGCCUGAUGUAGUCACGUAUACGGAUGUUAUAAAUGGUCUUUGUAGUGUCGGGAAAGUAGAUGAAGGUAAAGAGUUGCUACAGCAAAUGAGGAAGCUUGGUUGCAAGCCAAACACUGUUUCGUAUACCGCUUUGUUGAAUGGGUUAUGCAUCAAUGGUAGAUCAUUAGAAGCUAGAGAGAUGUUGAACAUGAGUGAGGAAGAAUGGUGGGUCCUGAAUUCGAUAACGUAUAGCGUUUUGAUGCAUGGGUUUAGAAGGGAAGGGAAGCUAACUGAGGCCUGUGAGAUUAUUAGUGAAAUGAUCGGAAAGGGGUUUUCACCAACACCGGCUGAAAUUAAUCUUUUAAUCCAAUCUUUAUGUCAAGAACGAAGACCGGAUGAUGCUAAGAAGUUAAUGGAGGAAUGUCUUAACAAUGGAUGUGAUGUUAAUGCGGUUAAUUUCACAACCGUCAUACAUGGUUUUUGCCAAAAGGAAGAUUUAGACUCUGCGUUUUCGGUUUUUGAUGACAUGUACUUAAAUAACAUAAAACCCGAUGCGGUGACAUACACCGCAAUAAUCGACACCUUAGGGAAAAAGGGUGACAUAGAAAAAGCCGUUGAAAUGAUUGACAAAAUGCUUCACAAGAGUUUAAUCCCGACUGAUGUUACAUACAGGGUUGUCAUAAACCGAUUCUGUCAACAUAAUAGAGUCAACGAGCUGUUGUCGUCACUAGAAAAGAUGCUUUCAAGGAAACCAUGCAAGACUGCUUACAAUCAAGUUAUUGAAAAGCUCUGUUGUUUUGGGAACCUUAACGAGGCGUAUAAACUUUUGGGUAAAGUUCUUAGGACAGCUUCAAGAACUGAUGCGAAUAGCUGUCAUAUGCUUAUUGAAAGUUAUUUAAGGAAGGGGGACCCGUUAUCUUCGUAUAAAGUGGCUAAUCGAAUGUUUUGUCGGAAUCUUGUUCCUGACUUGAAAUUAUGUGAGAAUGUCAGUAAAAGUUUGGUUGCUCGUGGAUUAUCACAUGAGGCAGAUGAACUUAUGUUAAGAUUCGUUGAAAGAGGAAAUAUCUCUCCCAAGAAUACAAAAGAAACGCGGAGAUUUUCCGCUCAUGUUGAAAGCCUGCUACCAUGCUAACAAGUUGGUUAUAGCUUCAAGAAACAGGUAUAGGCGUAACUGGGAAUCAAUCUUCGGAAAGGCGGGAGUGUGGACGCCAAAGGGCAUACCAUUGCUAGAAGAUAUGCGGUACCUUACCAACCCCGCUUAUGUACGUAUUGGUACGAUGUUUACCGAUACCUUGAAAUCUCCACAUACACAUUUUUUAAUAUGAUGUUUCUGUACGUGACUUUUUUAUGAUCAUGAAAUGUAAAAAGGGCUAUAGUAUGAAAUCCCACUGAUGAUUAUGCUAUGACCCAAAAUUAGACCUGGCAAAAUCAACCCACACAUUCAACUUUGGGUCAGGAUGGGUAAGUUUAAAUAUAAUAGAUAACAUUGACGGGUCCGGAUGGGUUUGUCUGGGUGACCCAAAACCAACACAUCACACAGAGAUUCUUCUUUUUUGUCAUCUCCGACGCCCAAAUCACCCAAAUCACCACCAUCCUACAACCUCUAUUACACUAUCUCCGAAAUUAAAUCAACCUCUAUUUCGUGCCGGGUCUACUAAUUUUCUCAGCAUUUCUUGGAUUUGUUGCUGUAUACAAGAAUUGCCACCACUAAAUUCGAUUACGGGAUAAGGAUUUGCAUCCGGUUACAGGAGAUUUGAUGGAUUUUAGGUUGGGCGACUUGUAAGAAUUUGCUUAUUGCUGUUCAUCCAAACACAGGUUAAUGAUGGAUAGUCAGUCAACCAUUGCAAGUGAUGGUGAGUAAGAGAUGGGAAUUAUGUCACAUGGACAACAACAGUAUUAUCGAUUUUGAAAAUCCGAUUUGACAUGGAAUUGAAUACAUAUGGGUUUAGUUGCUGGCUUUAAAAACUAGAUACUGUUCAAUGUUCAGCUUAGACGAAGGGUUUAGCUGCUAAGUCGAAAGUUCAAACGGCUCGAGAGGUGUUCGGGUAAGACAAACGAGUGUAGUGACUGGGUUGUUUAUGUUUUUUAUUCAUGUUUGAUUUGUAACGACCCCAAGUUUUGCAUUAUUUAGUUUUUGAACACGAGAUUCGACCUUAA